AUGAAGACCACCGCACUUAUGAUGAGCGCCUUGCUGGCCGGUGUCACAUUGGCCUUGCCAGCUCCGACAAAUGGCGGCUCGAACGACCUUCAGACGCGCGAUACCAAUCUCGACGCAUCUUUGCAACACAAGUAUUUUGCAAGAGAUAUCGGUCUUCCCGACAAGAGGGAGGUCGAGAACGGAGAAGUUCAGAACUUGGCAAGAGAUGUAGAUGCCGCCGAGAAGAGUGAAGACGACAAGCGCAAAAAGCGAAGUAACGCUCUGAGCACCAGACGGAGACGCCACCGACGCCGAUCUCCAAAGAAGAACACAAAGACCUCUGAUACGGACAGCGACACUGAUAGUCAUGAUGAUACCGACAGCGAGAGCGAUUCUGAAAAGAAACAUCGUAAAAGAGCGCUUGCCGUGAAAAAGGCACGGCAGGCAGAAAAACGCGCAGUCGAGAAGCGUAACGAUGAUACUUCCGAUAGCCCUAGCAGUGCUAGCAGCCCCAACAGCGAUAGUCCCGAUACUUCUGAUAGCGGCCCCAGCGGCCCCAGCAGUGCAAGUGACACCAGCGAUAGCGAUAUCAAUUAA